AUGGCUUUCCAAUCGAAGAAGCGCCUCGCGCUCGCGAUCCUUGACUUCCUCCAGACCUCGCAGACCGACGGGUCAGUAGCACCCGACGACGCUGAGCAGCUCGAAGUCGCCGCCAACUGCAUCGCCGAAGCCUUCAAGGUAGAUCCCGCCGACGAGGCCGCAAAGAAGGACGCCAUUGGCGACCAGAACCUGCUCGCAAUCUACAACGUCUAUGAGAAGCUCAAGGGAAAGACGACUGCCACAACCGAGGGAGCAUCGUCGGCCAAAGAGGCCCGACCAGCAACGCCGCAGACACCUGCCGCCGGUUCAGGACCAGGCGGGCCCAACAAGGAUGAAGCAGAGAGGCUCAAGGGUCUGGGCAACGAGGCGAUGAAGAAGAAGGACUAUGACGCUGCCGUCAAGCACUACACUGCUGCCCUCGAGGUCGUUCCGCUCAACCCCAUCUACCUAUCGAACCGCGCCGCCGCAUACUCAGGUCAGGGCAAGCACGAGCUAGCAAAGGAGGAUGCUGAGAUGGCAGUUGCUGCUGACCCCAACUAUUCCAAGGCCUGGUCGCGUCUAGGUCUUGCAAAGUACGUUCUUGGCGAUGCAAAGGGCGCCAUGGAGGCAUACAAGUCUGGCAUGGACGCAGAGGGUGGCGGCUCAGAAGUCAUGCGCAAGGGUUACGAAACAGCCAAGAAGAAGGUCGAAGAGGAGGGCGGAGAUGUCGGCGCGCCUGAAGCUUCUCGAGGCGCCCCUGGCGGUAUGGGUGGUGGUAUGCCUGAUCUCUCAGCACUCGCUGGCAUGCUCGGUGGAGGCGGCGGCGGUGGUGGUGGCGGAGGAAUGCCUGAUCUCGCUGGUCUGAUGCAGAACCCCAUGAUGAGGCAAAUGGCACAGAACCUCAUGAGCAACCCAGAUAUGAUGAGCAACCUCAUGAACAACCCCAGGAUAGCGGAGAUGGCUCAACAGUUUGGUGGAGGAGGUCGAGGCGGAGGAGGAGGCGGCGGCGGUGGCGGUAUGCCCAACAUGCAGGAUCUCAUGAACGACCCCAACCUGGCCGAGAUGGCCCGUAACUUCAUGGGAGGCGGAGGCGCUGGAGCUGGCCGUGGAGCUGGUCAAUAA